UUCUUUCAUAUGCAAUCACAUAGACAUGGCGUUAAGUGGGACGUCAUACGUCAAGUGUUUACCACCGAAUUGUUGUAAUGUGGUUAGGCCCGCGCUUUUCAACAGUUUCAUUCUGGAUGUGAAAUUUAAUACAUGCUGUAAGACAAAAGCUCUACAAUGGAUGUAGGUUCGAAAAAACGAAAAAAUAGUUUAUCUCCCAAAGAAGGGGUGAAGACACCAAAGAAGGUGAGAUUUUCGCUCGCGGAAGACACAGAGAAACAGGCAGUAUCAGAACCAAUCUUGAAAAAGGACGCAGUAGCAGCAGCAGCAGCAUCACCACCAGCAGCAGCAUCGCCACCAGCAGCAGCAUCGGAAAAUGAUAGCAGUUUGUCCGAAUUGCAUGAAACCGUUAUUGCUUGGCUUCGGAAAAAUUCGACCAACACGAAAGUGUCUUUGCAUGCAUAUUUGAGAGAGUGUGAUAAUGCUGAAUAUCAAGAAGAGGAGGUUGAUACUGCAGCGAUUGAGACCCCCAUAAGGAUAGCACUUGGCGACUAUACGGACAACAUGAAGCGCAGAAGCUACAAGUUCGAGUGCGAGUGGGGCAAAUGCCAGUUCAUGACCGGAACGGAUCGCAAAUAUUUCCUACACGUAGAAUCGCACGCUGAAACGACAGUUGGUGAGGAAGAUGGAAGCUAUACCUGCAAGUGGGAUCUGUGCGAUUUCAACACCGCGGAAGGGGGCGAUUUUAUUGGCCACGUGCACUAUCAUGCGUAUCACACGAAGCUGAAGGUACACGGUGCCAGCAUACAUAUGCUAAUGCGGCUGCCCAGCUGCACAAAUGAUAGCCGUGCACGUAACAACAUAAGCAACCGGCCGCAUAUGUUUCGCUGCGAGUGGGCUGAUUGUGACGAACGCUUCAACAAAGCGAUGGACUUUUUCCAUCAUACAAAGUACCAUAUGAUGGAUAUGUUUGUACCGGGGAAGAAAUCGACGAGGAAACCAGUAAAGUGCCAAUGGUCGCUCUGCAAAAAGUCAUUCACUUGCAUGGACGCAGCAAAGAAGCACAUCAGAACGCAUUCGACCGAGCGUGAAAUUGCGUGCUAUAACUGUGGUACUAUGUUGUGGGCGCGUGUAAAGUACAUUGAUCAUUGCACCCGCCAGUUGGGAAUGGCCCAUCGUAAAUAUAAGUGCCCGCAAUGUGACCGAACCUAUGCUACUAAACCUUUGCUGCACAAUCACAUUGAAAAUCACGACAAGUCACAUGAAUGCGCACUGUGUCCUAUGAAGUACCAGUGUGCCAGAAAGUUAGCGCAGCACAUGCUUCGAAGGCACAUGAAGCUGCGUAACUUCAAGUGCCAGCAGUGUGAUUACGCAACGUUCACCCAGUACGAACUAACGAAGCAUUUGGCAAAACAUGACGAGACGAAAAUAUUUCGAUGCGAAGAGUUUGGAUGCAAUGUCGCUUACAAAUCGGAAGUGUCCAUUAAGAAGCACAUCGGCUGGCAUUACAAUCUGCCCGUACCGGUUUACGCGUGUCACCUUUGCAAAUUCUCGCACAAACUCUCGAUCAGAGUGUCGAAACAUUUGCGGUUUACGCAUAACAUUGGACCACCGCCCGGUUUUUGCAACAACCGGUACAAGAUGGACAGUGACGGAGUGUUACGGCUGCAGUCGUACGUUACACAAAAGCAGAAAGCAGCUACAGCAACGACAACGGAGGAGGCUGCAGUGCUCCUAUCCGAUGACGGAUGCGAUGCUAAAGUUAAUGGUGAAAGUGCAGAAAAUGCAAACACAGAUCUAAGCAAACAUAGAAAGCGCGGUACAACGGAACGGAACAAAAAAGCUAACAAGGCAGAUACGUACGCCCCGAUUAAAGGGAUACCACAAAUCGAAUCAUUUAAAUCUAUCGGUUUGGGUGAGUUUGCUGUUGAGCUAAAAAUGGAACCGGAGCCAGAGAUGGAACAGCAAUCAACAUCCGAUAGUGAUGUUGCUGCUGCUGCGGCCAAUCCGAAAGAUGUGAAGAAUUUUAUGGUUAUGAAGCGUUACUUGAAAAAAGAGAAAAGUUAAAGAAACUUGGCGAAUGACAAGGAAUUAUCUGUAUUUGCUAUUUGUAUUGUAAUUAAUGGAUUAUGGUUUAAUAAAAAAAAUGUGAACCUAUCAGA